AUGGGCCUCUUGACUCUGCAAGAAGAUCGGCCCACGCCGAAGGCCGUCUACAACUGGCGCGUCUACACAUGCGCCGCCAUUGCAUCAAUGGCUGCUUGCACAAUCGGUUACGACUCUGCUUUCAUCGGCACGACACUUGCUCUGCCCUCAUUCGUGCAGGAGUUCAACUUUGAGAACUAUGAGCCUAACGCGCUUGCGCUGGUGAAGCAGAACAUCGUAUCUGUGUACCAGGCCGGUGCCUUCUUUGGAUCUCUGUUUGCAUAUGUCAGCAGUUACUUUAUUGGUCGCCGAUACUCUCUUAUCCUCUUCUCUCUUGUCUUUAUGGUCGGUGCUGGUAUGAUGCUGGGUGCCAAUGGAGCCCGGGGUCUCGGCCUUAUUAUCGGUGGACGCGUCUUGGCCGGUAUCGGUGUCGGUGGAUGCUCCAACAUGACACCCAUUUACAUCUCAGAAUUGGCUCCUCCCGCUGUACGAGGUCGUCUUGUCGGUCUUUACGAAGUCGGAUGGCAAGCCGGUGGUCUUGUUGGUUUCUGGAUCAACUACGGAAUCAACCAGCACCUCCCUUAUGCCCCUGGCCAGAACGAAAACGUCUGGCUGAUCCCCUUUGCUGUUCAGCUCAUCCCUGCUGGCCUUCUUCUUAUCGGUGCCGUCUUCAUUCCUGAGUCACCUCGAUGGCUGUUCUCCAAGGGCAAGCGCGACAAGGCUAUCAAGAACCUCUGCUGGAUGCGAAACCUUGACCGAGAGGAUAUCUACAUCGUUGAGGAGAUUGGCUUCAUCGAUGCUGAGAUCGACCGAUUCAACAGCGCUGUUGGCGCUGGCUUCUGGAAGCCUUUUGCUGCUCUUAAGGAGGCCAAGGUUCGGUGGCGUUUCCUCCUUGGUGCUCUUCUCUUCGUCUUCCAGAACGGCUCCGGUAUCAACGCUAUCAACUACUACAGCCCCACUGUCUUCCGAAGUAUCGGUAUUACUGGUACCAACACUAGCUUCCUCACCACCGGUAUCUUUGGCGUUGUCAAGACGGUAAUUACCUUCGUCUGGAUUCUCGUUCUCAUUGAUCACGUCGGUCGCCGAAACCUUCUCAUGAUUGGUGCUGGUGGCGGUGCUUUCUGUAUGUACUUCAUCGGUGCUUACAUCAAGAUCGCCAACAACGAAGCCAAGGUCGCUGCCGGAGAGAAUCCCACGCUGUCCUCCGGUGGCAUCGCGGCUAUCUUCUUCUUCUACCUCUGGACCGCUUUCUACACACCCUCAUGGAACGGUACACCAUGGGUCCUCAACUCUGAGAUGUUCGACCAAACCACCCGCUCUUUGGGUCAGGCCAACGCCGCUGCCAACAACUGGUUCUGGAACUUCAUCAUCGCCCGAUUCACCGAGCAGAUGUUCAACGCCUGGGGAUGGGGAGUAUACAUCUUCUUCGCCUCUCUCAUGGUCGUUUCCGUCUUCUUCGUCUUUUUCUGCAUUCCUGAGACCAAGGGUGUUCCUCUUGAGGCGAUGGACAAACUGUUUGAGACUAAGCCCAUCUGGAGGGCCAACAAGAUUGUCAUGGAGGAGUUGAGACUCCAGGAUGAGGAGUUCCGCCAUAAUGUUGAUGGUGCUGAUCUGCGAGAGGAGAAGGCCAAUGCUGAGCAGAUUGAGGGCAAGGUCUAA